AUGAGGGAAAUCCUUCACGUUCAAGGAGGACAAUGCGGUAACCAGAUCGGUUCAAAGUUCUGGGAAGUUGUUUGCGACGAGCACGGCAUAGAUCCAACUGGAAGGUACGUCGGAAACUCAGAUCUGCAACUGGAGCGCGUGAAUGUGUACUACAACGAAGCAUCAUGCGGAAGGUUCGUUCCACGCGCCAUCCUCAUGGACCUGGAGCCUGGUACUAUGGACAGUGUCCGAACCGGUCCUUACGGCCAGAUCUUCCGUCCGGAUAACUUCGUCUUCGGUCAGUCCGGCGCCGGUAACAAUUGGGCGAAAGGUCACUAUACUGAAGGCGCUGAACUUAUUGACUCGGUUCUCGAUGUUGUUAGAAAGGAAGCUGAGAAUUGCGACUGUCUUCAAGGGUUUCAGGUGUGCCAUUCUUUAGGUGGAGGAACGGGAUCUGGAAUGGGAACACUGUUGAUAUCGAAGAUAAGAGAGGAGUAUCCUGAUAGGAUGAUGCUGACGUUCUCGGUGUUUCCUUCUCCAAAGGUUUCUGAUACUGUAGUUGAGCCGUAUAAUGCUACUCUAUCUGUUCAUCAGUUGGUGGAGAAUGCUGAUGAAUGUAUGGUUCUUGAUAAUGAAGCUCUGUAUGAUAUCUGCUUUAGGACUCUCAAAUUGACCACUCCUAGCUUUGGUGAUUUGAACCACUUGAUCUCCGCAACUAUGAGUGGAGUGACUUGCUGUCUUCGUUUCCCUGGUCAACUCAACUCUGAUCUCCGGAAACUGGCUGUGAAUCUCAUUCCAUUCCCUCGUCUGCAUUUCUUUAUGGUUGGUUUUGCACCUCUCACCUCCCGUGGCUCUCAGCAGUAUCGUGCAUUGACUGUUCCAGAGCUCACCCAGCAAAUGUGGGAUUCCAAAAACAUGAUGUGUGCUGCUGAUCCCAGACACGGCCGCUACCUCACUGCAUCUGCCAUGUUCAGGGGUAAAAUGAGUACCAAAGAGGUGGAUGAACAGAUGAUUAAUGUCCAGAACAAAAACUCGUCCUACUUUGUUGAGUGGAUCCCCAACAAUGUUAAGUCAAGUGUCUGUGACAUUGCUCCUAGAGGUCUCUCCAUGGCUUCUACCUUCAUUGGUAAUUCAACCUCUAUUCAGGAAAUGUUCAGAAGGGUGAGUGAACAAUUCACUGCUAUGUUUAGGAGAAAGGCUUUCUUGCAUUGGUACACUGGUGAAGGUAUGGACGAAAUGGAGUUCACAGAAGCUGAGAGCAACAUGAACGAUCUUGUGUCUGAAUACCAACAAUACCAGGAUGCCACUGCUGAUGAAGAAGGAGAUUAUGAGGAUGAGGAGGAAGAAGAGCCAGAGCAUGCAUAUGAAUAA